GUGAUCGAGUAAUAUGCAUCUAUUGUAAUCUUAUUUGUCAACAAUGGAUAUCAUCCAUUGAUGAUCCAUGUGAAGUACAUAAAAUACUAUCACCUAAUUGUAUAUAUGUCAAAACAAAAUUGACGAAUCCUAUAGUUUCAUCAAUAAUUAUUGUUAACGAAAGUUCAACAACAAAUAUUGCUUCAUCAACAUCAAAUAAUCUCAGUUCUAUACGAACUAGUGAUAUUGUAUUUAGAGCAUCAUGUAAUCCUACUUAUUCAGAAAUACUAAAACGUCAGGCAUCGUUUGCUAUGUGGCCAAAUGAAAAUUUACCACAAAUAGAUGAUUUAGUUCGAGCAGGAUUUUUCUAUACAGGUGCAGCAACCAUUGUUACUUGCUUUUAUUGUAAUGGAUCAUUACAAAAUUGGGGUUCAAAUGAUAAUCCAAUGAUUGAACAUGCUCGUUGGUUUCCGUAUUGUGCAUAUGCUAAACAAUUGUGUGGUGAAGAAUUGUAUCGUAAAAUUCAAGAAUCUAAACGAAUACAACAAAAACAUGCUAGAGCUAAAGAAUUAAGAGAAGAAGCAGGCUCAAAUGAUCUGAUAAAUAUUAAUGUAACAGCAAAUGGUGGGAAAUUAUUAAUACGUGAUGAAUGUACUUUAUCCAGACUGGUCGCUGCACGAUUAGACUUAUCGAUUUCACAAAAUUUAUUAGAUCAAAAUUUUAAAUUAUCUAUUAUAAAACGAUGUUGGAAAGAUCAAUUACGAAUAAAACAUGAUGAUUUUGUAUCGGAUUGUGAUUUAUAUAUUGCUUGUUUAAUUCUUCGAAAACAAAUCGAACAUAUUGAUGGUAAAAAAGAAAAUAUUGUUAUACCGAGCAUAAAAAUGAAACAAAUAAGAGAACAAAAUGCGACAGGAAUGAGCGAAGAAAAAUUAACUACAGCUAAAGAAGCUCAAUCCAUAGAAAAUCGUACAGAUGCCGAAGUGAAUAUAUCAUCGCAAUCAUUAACAAGCAGUGGUAAUGAACGUGACGUGCAAAUAAAUAAAACAAUAACUAAUUUCAAUGAUCAAAGUCAAUCGAAUGAUUCUCAAUCAUCGAAUCUUUGUGUUCUUUGUAUAACAGAAGAAAAAAAAUUAGCUUGUAUACCAUGUGGUCACAUGUCAACAUGUGUCGCAUGUGGUCAUUCAUUGCGAUUGUGUCCAAUAUGUCGACGAGAGAUUGACGCAUUUAUUAGAAUUUACAUUUAA